AUGAAGGAACACCCCGACACGCUUUGCGGUAGUAUCCUCCAGUACAUGCCGGUAGAUGACAACAAUCCGGAAAUGUUGUACGUGAACGGAAAGGCAUUGGUGGACCCAUAUCCGUCAGGCGUUGACGGUAUCGCCACCUCCCGCCGCCAGAAUCUCUAUAACACGUUUCCUACACACAUGGUACCGCGACAGAAGCGGACGCCGACCAAGCCGUCUCGGCAACAUUUUACCAUCGAGUGUAUGGUUGGUCUAGGCUCGACUCCGCUUCCUAAAACUUUCGCUGGCUCCUUGAUGCGUCGCCGGCUUCAUUUCUUGGGUGUUUCAACAGGUGUGCUUGGCUCGCUCCAGCAUUGCGAGACUUACAAACUCAACUUCUAA